CUCCCCCCCCCACGGGGCUCCCCCCCCCCCCCCCGUUCCAGGUACCGCCGCCCCACCAUGGAGGCUGGCAGCUCCCAGAGCUGCCCCCAGACCUGCCUCGCCUUCAGCCGCACCCACAAGGGGCUGGUGCUCAUCGGGGAGAUCGCGCUGUGCGUGCUGGUGCUGGUGUGCUAUGGGGCGUCGCACACGCCGGGCUAUACGGGGCUGGCCGUCUGCGAGCUGAUCUUCGCCGCCCUGCUGCUGCUGGCCUGGGGGAUCCGCCUGCCCCCCCGCCUGCCCUUCAUCCACUGGGGCUGGACUGACUUCAUCCGCUGUGUCAGCGGGUGCCUGCUCUUCAUCAUCACCUCCCUCAUCGUCAUCAUCGGGCACAGGGACGGCGCCGGCAUCACAGCCGGGGUCUUUGGGCUCCUGGCGGGGAUCCUGCUGGGCUACGACGCCUACAUCACCCUGCCCACCCGGCAGGGCCACACCGCCGCCCCCUCCGAGUCCCCGGAUGGCGCGUGACACCCCCCCAUCCGCAGCAAGACACCCCAAAACUCCCCCCUCCCUCCCUCGGCGGGGGGGGGGGGCGCCUUAAAUUAUUGAGGGGGGUGGGGAGGGGCCCGGACGCCUGGGUCCCCCCGGGAGGGGUAUAGGGGUAUGUGGGGGGGGGGUGUCUCUCAAGCGGGUGCCCCCCGCCCCCCCCCC